ACCAUGGGUCAUGCAAUCUGGUGUUGUCUAUUACACAACUACACAAUGGUGUGUAACCUUUCUGUUAUAUUUACUAUGGACCUUGACACUAGACACACUGUUCGUCACACCCUGACAUAAAUUGACUGAAAAAGUCAAUCAGUUAUCAGUUAUUGUCUGACGAGGAAGACACAUCUUAGCCAUGGUGUCAACUGACAAUCUGACGACAUAUUUAUUAGAGGCAAUCUUGUCACACCUGGCCUUAAGCUGUGCUUUACUUCUGGCCACUCUUGCUGCCAUCCGUUGGUACAUCAGAGAUUCCUACAAGGUUGAUGGCUUCAGCCAGAAGCAUGUGUUCAUCACAGGCUGUGACAGCGGCUUUGGGAAUCUGCUGGCCAGGCAGCUGGAUGGAAAAGGCUUCCACGUCAUGGCUGCAUGUCUCACAGAGAAAGGUGCAGCAGGUUUGGCAGCAGCGUCCUCCCCCAGACUGAAGACCCUCAUGCUGAAUGUUACAGACAGUGCGAGUAUCAAGAGGGCGGUGGAGUUUGUGAGCAAAGAAGUCGGAGAGCGAGGUCUGUGGGGUUUAGUGAAUAAUGCCGGCAUGUCCGUCCCCAUUGGUCCAACAGACUGGAUGCAGUUGGAGGAUUUCACAAAGGUUUUAGAUGUGAAUCUGAUUGGACUUAUUGAGGUGACACUCCAGUUUCUGCCUCUGCUGAAAAAGGCCCACGGCAGGGUGGUAAAUACGGCCAGUAUUUUGGGCAGACUGUCUCUCACUGGUGGAGGAUACUGUCUGUCCAAAUGGGGAGUGGAAGCCUUCUCUGACAGCCUCAGAAGGGACAUGCAGCACUUCGACAUCAAAGUGAGCAUUAUUGAGCCGGGUUUCUUCAAGACAGGUGUUACCAGUCUAGAUCUUAUUGAAGCUGACCAGAGGAGGCUGUGGACCCGUCUCCCUCAAGAUGUUAAAGACUCCUAUGGAGACACAUACUUUGAUGACUAUGUGAAAGCUCAGGGAUUCUCGAUGGGCAUCUUGUGCAGUCCAGAUAUCUCCAAGGUGACCAGGUGUAUGGAACAUGCGCUGACAGCUCGCUUCCCACGCACACGUUAUGGUGCAGGCUGGGAUGCCAAGUUUUUUUGGAUUCCUCUGUCCUACCUCCCUUCUUUUGUGUCAGACUUUGUCAUCAAUGCGCUUCUUCCUUUACCUAAGGAUAAAAGACAAGUCUAACAGGCCCCUUGACUGAACAGUAUGACAAAUAAUUUUAUGAAAACGAUAACAUUAAAUAUAUUGUGACAAAGGUUAUUUUAAAAACUGCUAGGACUGUGUUACAAAAUAGGACAUUUAUUCAUUUCAUGUGUCAGCAGCAGCAAUUUAAUCCAUAUGGGCAUAUUGUGGAUGAUAACAGAUACAGUAUUUAUUUGUCCUCAUUAUGAUGCAAAAUAAAUCAUUCUGUAAAGUUAAGAAUUUAUUCACCAUGUUUAAAAAACAGCCAUUUACAUCUGCAUCCUCAGGUCAUGUGUUGCUUUUUCAAGAUAAUCAACUACAUCAAAUCAUUUCCAUGCAAAACAAACACAAGCAUGUUCAAGUAUUGCUCCAAACAAUUUUGGCCAUCGUUCCAAUAUCAUUACUAAAACAAUUUAUCACGUUGAGUCAAAGUCAUAAACUCAGGGAACAUAAUGCGUUUGAUUAAGUACGAGUAUGCUUUGCACACAUAUUUUAUGCAUCUGUUUAUACUGGAGCACAUAUCUUUGAAAAACUGAAUGACAUGAGUUAAAGUCCAAUUAUUAUCACUUUCUUUUGUUUAGUUUCCAGCCCUGAAAUGAGGUAUAUAAACAUGAAAGAUGAAGUAAAUACAUCUUCAGUUUUGUUCAGUGGCAAAAAAAUAUCAUUACUUAACACAUUUCUCUAAUAACCUUUGAUCACAAGUAUUGUACAUUCAGAAUGCAGCUCACUUUUUAUUAUCUGUGUAAUUGUGUUUGUUCAACUAUUCGAAGGAU